AUGGUGACUGCUACUCAACUUCAGAUUAUUCAAUCUCCAAUUACUACCUUAAUUCCCACUGUCUCUGCUUCUGUGACAGUUAAGCUUGAUGAUACAAAUUACCUCACAUGGAAUUUUCAGAUGCAGCUUCUUCUUGAAGGUCAUGGCUUAUUGGGGUUUGUUGAUGGUUCACGGCUGUGUCCUGCUCGUUUUGAUGAAAAUUCUGAUGUUGAAGGUGUACAAACUGAUGCUUAUACAGUGUGGAAAAUGCAUGAUCGUGCCUUGAUGCAAUUGCUAACUGCAACUCUUUCUUCUACUGCAAUCUCAUAUGUCAUCGGGUGUACUAGUUCUCAUGAUAUGUGGGUUCAGUUGAAGGACAGAUUUUCUACUGUUACCAAAGCUAGGAUUUUUCAGAUGAAAAGUGAGCUUCAGAAUAUCAAGAAGGGUGCUGAACCAGUCUCUCAAUACUUGCAAAAGAUAAAGGAUGCUAGAGAUCAUCUUGCUGCUGCUGGGGUUUCCUUUGAUGAUGAUGAUAUUGUGAUCUUGGCUCUUAAUGGUCUUCCCCUAGAAUAUAAUACGUUUCGGUGUAUGGUUCGAGGCAGGGAAAAUGUGCUCUCUCUCAAAGAUUUUAGAUCUCAGUUGCUUGCUGAAGAGGCCAUUCUUGAACAUACUACCUCUGCCACUCCUUUUGCCUCUGCGAUGAUGGCGAACAAUCAAUCAUUCAAAGGAAAAUCUCUUGUUCUUGCUGACACUUCCACAUCUAUCCCAUCUUCUAUUUCAUCUAGCCACAAUGGUGGUGUCAAUAGUGGUGUCAAUGGAGGUUUCCACUCUAGCUCUAAUGGUGGCUCUUUUUCACAUAAUGGUGGUUUCCACUCUGGCCCUAAUAGAGGUUCCUUCUAUCGAGAAAGAGGCAGACCUCGGCAUCAGUUUUCAUCUGGUCCAAGACCAUAUCAAGCUCCACCUAAUUCUGGUCCUGGCAUCCUUGGUUCGGGUACUGAUAUUCCAAUUUGUCAAAUAUGCAACAAGAAAGGUCAUCUAGCUGCUGAUUGUUAUCAACGACAUCAGCAAUUCACAGGUCCUAAUUCAUCUGUUCAAUGCCAAAUUUGUUGGAAAUAUGGCCACACCGCUAUUCAGUGUUACCACAGGGGCAAUUUUUCCUAUCAAGGCAAACCUCCUUCAUCCAAUCUUACUGCAAUGCAUGCCAAUUGUUCUCCUUCCUCAUCAACUGAGCAAUUUUGGGUAGCUGACACUGGAGCAACAGCCCAUAUGACUUCUGAUUUGUCUCAACUUAGUCUUGCUACCCCUUUCUCUGGAAAUGAGACAAUCACCACUGCAGGGGGUUCAGGUUUGAAUAUUUCUAGUGUUGGCUCUUCUUCCUUGAAUACUCCUCAGUGUUCUUUACAAUUAUCGAAAGUUUUACAUGUGCCAAAGAUAUCUCAACAUUUGCUUUCAGUGCAUCGGUUAUGUAAAGAUAAUAACUGCAGAUUUAUAUGUGAUGCCUUUGGCUUUUGGAUUCAGGACAAACUCACAGGGAGUGUUCUUCUCAAGGGACUGUGUAGAGCUGGCCUAUAUUCUAUUCCUUUCUUUCCUUCACAACCUCAUCAUACUCCAGCUGCUUCUCUCAUCAAACAACAUUUCUGCUUUCUUGGCCAUCCAGUAAAUACCAGUUUGUGGCACAAGCGAUUUGGUCAUCCCUCCAAUAUUAUUACUACUGCUCUUUUACGUCAAUCACAGGUUCCUUUUUCUUCAGACAAAGUCCAAUCUGUCUGUCAUCAUUGUUUAGAAGGCAAACUAGCUAAACUUCCUUUUCAUUAUCCAGCAGCAAAAUCUGUAAACCCUUUAGAAGUGAUUCAUAGUGAUGUGUGGGGUCCUUCUCCAACAAUAUCUGUUGAGGGGUUCAAAUAUUAUGUUAGCUUUGUAGAUGAGUGUACUCGAUUUACUUGGAUCUUUCCAAUGUUCAAUAAAGCAGAAGUUUACUCUAUUUUUGUAAAUUUUCAUGCUUAUUUAGUCACUCAGUUCUCUGCUUCUCUUAAAGUCUUUCAAAGUGAUGGAGGUGGUGAGUAUCUUAGUCAUAAAUUUCAGCAUUAUCUUCUUGCUAGAGGUAUCAUUCAUCAUAAAUCUUGUCCCUAUACACCCGAACAAAAUGGCUUAGCCGAGAGAAAACACAGACACAUCUUAGAGACUGCUAUCACUUUGUUGCAAACUGCUCAUUUACCCCCAAAAUUUUGGUUUCAUGCUUGUGCUACUUCAGUCUACUUGAUCAAUAGAAUGCCUUGUAAAACUCUUCAUUUCAAAUCUCCUUAUUUCUUAUUGUUUGGUUCUGCUCCAGCCAUUAAUCAUCUAAGGGUAUUUGGUUGUGCUUGCUUUCCUUUGCUCAAGCCUUAUAAUACAAACAAACUUCAGCCUAAAACUUCUACUUGUGUCUUUCUAGGCUAUGCAGGACAAUAUAAAGGCUAUAUUUGUUUUUCUCUCACUACCAAUAGACUGUUUGUUACUCGACAUGUUCUUUUUGAUGAAACUAUGUUUCCAUUCACAUAUGUCCAUCCAGUCAGUAUUUCUUCAUCUCAGUCUCUCACUUCCUCUUCUCCUCCUCCAUCUAUUUCAUUCACUAAUACUGUCUUAUCGCCUAUCCCUUCUCUUUCUGUUUCCUCACCUUCCCCACCCAUCUCUGAAGCCGCUGCACCUUUGAAUGCUUCUCCUUCUGCUACACAGUCUCCUCUCCCUGUGGAUCCUGAUUUUCAGCCUGAAAGUCUUCGUGUUAUCUUGCCUCUGCCACCUGUAAAUCUGCAUCCUAUGACAACACGGUCUAAGAAUGGCAUCUCCAAGAGGAAGGCUUUUUCUGCUUCUUCAUCUGUUGAUUUAUCUACAAUUGAGCCAAGUUCCUUCAAGGCUGCCUCUCAAUCACCAGAAUGGCAAUCUGCAAUGAGGGAGGAAAUUGAGGCUCUUCAUGCUCAAGGUACUUGGGAUUUGGUUCCUCUCCCAGCUCAUAAGAAUCUUGUUGGUUGUAAAUGGGUUUAUAGGAUCAAGAAGAAUGCAGAUGGUUCUAUAGCUAGGCAUAAGGCUCGCUUGGUUGCUAAGGGAUUUAGUCAAGAGGAGGGUAUUGAUUAUUAUGAGACCUUCAGUCCGGUAGUUAAACCAACCACGGUUCGAUUAAUUCUUGCUCUUGCUGCUCAGUUUCAGUGGUCCUUACGGCAGCUUGAUGUUAAAAAUGCAUUCUUGCAUGGGGUUCUUCAAGAGGAGGUUUAUAUGACACAACCUCAAGGCUUUGCGAGUAAGCAUCAUCCUUCUGACUUUGUUUGCAGACUCAAGAAGUCCUUGUAUGGUUUAAAACAGGCUCCUCGUGCCUGGAACGAAAGGUUUACUAGCUUCUUACCAAGCUUGGGUUUUCAAGCUUCAAAUGCAGAUCCGUCUCUCUUUAUUCAACAUUCGUCGCUUGGUACUGUGGUUUUGCUUCUUUAUGUUGAUGAUAUCAUUCUUACUGGCAGUAAUUCCUCUCUUAUUACAUCUGUAAUUGGUGCUUUAACUCAGGAGUUUGAUAUGAAGGAUUUGGGUCAGUUGACUUAUUUUCUGGGGCUGCAAAUUUCAUAUCAGUCUGCUGGCUUGUUUGUGUCUCAAACUAAGUAUAUCAAGGAACUGCUUGACAGGGUUGAUUUGCAGGAUUCAAAACCAUGUCCUACUCCUUGUCUCCCAUAUCACAGACUGUUGAAAGAUGAUGGCAAACCUUAUUCUCAUCCAGAGCAGUAUCGAAGCAUUGUUGGUGCUCUGCAGUACCUCACUUUCACAAGGCCAGAUAUUGCCUUCUCAGUGAAUCAAGCUUGUCAAUUUAUGCAUAAUCCCAUGGAGUCUCAUGUUGUGGCAGUUAAGAGAAUCCUGCGGUAUUUGAAAGGAACUCUUGAUUUUGGCAUUUGGUUUAAGCCUGGUCUUCUUCAUCUGCACGCUUAUAGUGAUGCUGACUGGGCUGGGGAUCCUAAUGAUCGCAGAUCUGUUUCGGGAUUUAUUGUUUACUUAGGCUCUACUCCUAUUUCUUGGGCUUCUAAGAAGCAACAUACUGUCUCUCGUUCGUCCACUGAGGCUGAAUAUAGGGCUUUGGCUAUUGCUGCUGCUGAACUUGCAUGGAUCAGACAGUUGUUCUGUGAUCUGCACAUCCCAUUACAUGUUCCUCCUUUAAUUCAUUGUGAUAAUAUCUCCGCUAUUGCUCUCUCUUCCAACCCGGUGUUUCAUUCCCGAAUGAAACAUCUCCAAAUUGAUUAUCAUUUUGUCAGAGAACGAGUCAUUCGAGGUGAUUUACUUGUGCAACAUGUCUCAUCUGCGGAACAAUUUGCUGACAUUCUCACUAAGGGGCUGUCUAUUCCUUUAUUCCAGCAUCAUUGUUCCAAUCUCAUGCUUGGCUCCUCCAAGCAUGAGAUUGAGGGGGCAUGUAAAGAUAUCAACGGUCCUCACUCUGCCACAUAUUUUCUGCUUCUCUCUGUUAAAUCUCUGUUCAAUAUUGCUAUUCUGACACCUAUUGGUCCACAGGCUGCUUCAGAUUGGUUAUAUGUUUAUCCAAAAGGAAUUUACGAUCUUCUAAACUACACGAAAAAUAAGUACAAUGAUCCAAUCAUUUACAUUACCGAGAAUGGCGUUGAUGAGCUCAAUGAUCCCAAAAUACCGCUUGAGCAAGCCCUUAAUGAUACCAAUAGAACUGACUUUUACUACCAUCACCUUUGUUACCUUCACAAAGCCAUGAGUGAAGGUGCUAAGGUGAAAGGAUAUUUCGCAUGGUCAUUGGUAGACAACUUUGAAUGGAAUGAUGGAUACACGGUUCGUUUUGGUAUCAUCUAUGUGGAUUACGGGAUUGGUACUGCUAAUUAUCUACGAAGGUAUCUAAAAAGCUCAGCAGAGUGGUUCCAAAAUUUCCUCAAGAAACGUCUUUAUUGA